UUUUUUUUUGAAUGUUGCAUCUCAUAAUUGCUGUUCUCUGACAGGUUUUCUUUAAUCAUUGCCUCAUAGAAAUCUUGUUUUUUAAACUUAUAAUCAAGAAAAGAAAUGUUUCUUAUAAUUUUAUUAAGUUUCUUGCAGCUCAUAGAAUUAAUCUUUUUUUUGCUGUCUUUUUUUCCUCAUCCUACGUUAAUUAACAUAAUAAUGCAAUUGAUUCUGACAGAUUUUUCUUUAAUAUUUUAGUAAAAUCUAGCCUUUUAACUUAUCACCACGAGAAAGAAACUGCAAUUUGAUUCUUUAUGUUCAUCUCUUAUUAUUUUUUCUUUCUAAAUUUGCUUAAUCUAGACUCAAUUGUAUGAAGUGUAUCACACUUAAUUGUUUUCAACUAUCUUGCUGUCUUUUUGUCCUUAUUUUCUUUUAUAAUUCCAUGAUGGAAAUCUUGAUUUUUAACGAAUAACCAAGAGAAAAGAAACUGCAAUUUGAUUCUUUGUUUAAUAUCUACUGUCAUCACUUAAUUGCUAAGUUUCCUGCAGUUCAUGGUGUGUUCACCUUUCUUACCGUCUCUUCUUCUGAGUAUUAAUUCAUUAAUGUAAUUAUUCUUUGCAGAUAAUUUUUUUAAGAGGGGCCUUGGCUGUUUGGAAGAUUUUGAGAUUUUAAGAUAAUGCUGAGGAAAAGGAGCAGAUCCAACCAGAAGAAUCAACUGAUGGAUCAAUUGAUGUCUGAUUCUGUUUCACAGCCUUAUUUUCAUUCUGAUGUUUUCGGUCAGGAAACUAAAAACAUUUCUGUCUUUAAUGUUCCUAGUCUGUUUGUGGGGUUCAAUCCCAAGAAUUCAGAAUCUGAUUCAAUUAGAAGCCCUACUUCUCCUUUAGAUUUUAAGUUGUUUUCGAAUCUCAGCAAUCCAUCUAGGGUCUCAAAAUUAUCAAAUGAGGGGCAUCAGAAGAGAUGGGAUUGUAGUAAAGUAGGCUUAAGCAUUAUCCAUUGUCUUGAAAAUGGAAGUGAACACUCGGAGAAGGUUCUCCUAUUGUCCAAUAGUAGAAAUAUUCUUUCUGGACCACAAAUGAGGAUAAAAAGUCCAAAUUUUAGAACCCACACCGAUUCAUCUGAUACACCAAAAUCACUGCCUAAAAACAUUACGAUUUUUCCUUGUACCCGAGGCAAACAAUCAAAUCAUCAAAAGGGCAAUUCUGGUGUUCUGUUUGGAAUUGGGGAAGACCCAUUUGAAGAGGAAUCGGAUGGAAAUUUCCGCUCUAAUUUCCGCUCUUUCUCAUUAGAUUCUGGAAUGCAUUUUUCACAUUUAGCUAACCUGAAGCCUGAUCAGCGAUGUGGUGAUUUCAAUUCCGAGAACUCAAUAAAGCCAGUGCCUUCACAAUCGGAAGUCAUUGGACGAAGCUUUAAGUUAUGCAAUUCAUCUCAGGAAAACCUUAGUUCAAUUCUGGAAUCCGUCGGCUCCAGAACUGGUUUAAUUGGAAAUAUCCCGCCUAGUGAGAUUGAGCUUUCUGAAGACUAUACCUGUGUAAGAAAACAUGGCCCCAACCCAAAAAUUACCCAUAUCUUUGGUGACUGUGUUUUGGAAUGUCACAACAAUGAAGUUACCACUUUUUUAAAGGAAAGCGAAGAGGAUAUUGCAUUGCAGCAGGCGGCAGAACUCUCUGACAUUAUUGCUUCUUAUCCUCCGAGUGAUUUCUUAAAAUUCUGUUACUCUUGCAAGAAGAAAUUGGAAGGGGAAGAUAUUUACAUGUAUAGGGGCGAGAAGGCAUUUUGCAGUUGGAGUUGCCGCUCGCAGGAGAUUUUGAUUGAUCAGGAGAUGGAGAAAGCCAAAAAUAAUUCUUCAGAAAACUCUCAUGAGUUGAACAACUGUGAAGAAAGUUUCGACGACACUUAGUUUAUCGAUACAUAGGAUGCUGUGGUUAUGUCAUCUUGAGACACUGCCCGUGAUUGAUGGAAACCUCGACUUAGGUAUACAUCCCCGACCUUAUAUCCAUUGAGAGCUGUUUGUGCAUCUUUUAGCAGCCUUGGAUACUUGUUGCAUAUGUUGAUUGUGUUUCGUCUCUUAUAAUUCUAACUUUCUUGGUAUAUCACUAGAAUUUUAUGUGGUGAUAUCUUAUUCAGAAGGGCAGUAGACUAUGUAUUCGCUAGAUUUGAUGUACAAGUCUUCAACUAAAUUUAAUGCAAAAGGUUUUAUGAAUAUACUGUGGUUUUUUCUCA